CAAUUCCAAAUUUCAACCAAUGUAAAAACUUGUUUAAAAAGUAUGUAUGUACGCGCGUGGGUUUGGUCGCUGUCAGCAUCUAAGUUAUAGUUACCGUCGCAAAAACGGGAUAAAAGAACCUGGGUCUUGAUACGCUCAAUCUCGGAGUUCUCAAAAUGGAUGCCACUAACCUGGACCCCCACACAGCCUUUGAUGAAAAUGAAGCGGCAGCAGCUCCUGAGGAGGAUGGCGGGGAUAUGCAGCUGAGAAGCUUAUCGUUUUCCUUUGUACGGGGGUCUGAUCCGAGAGCUGCAACGUGUCGAGGCAAGCUGCAGAGUCGUCGCUGCAAACUAAACCAAGAGAUUAACAAGGAACUUCGCUUGCGCGCUGGUGCGGAGAAUUUAUACAAGGUGACAACCAACCGCAAACUACGCGAUACAGUGGCCUUGGAGCUGAGCUUCGUCAAUUCAAAUUUGCAACUUCUAAAGGAGCAAUUAGCAGAGUUAAAUUCAUCUGUGGAAAUUUACCAGAACGAGAAUCAUGAUGGCGUUAUUCCAAUGAUACCCUUGGGUCUUAAGGAAACCAAAGAAAUUAAUUUCAUGGAACCUUUUUCGGACUUCAUUUUGGAGCACUAUAGCGAGGAAUCCUCAAUUUAUAUGGAUGCAAUUGCAGAUAUGACAGACACCAGACAGGCGUCCAAGACUCCAUCACGCGAUUCUCUUGGCGUAGCAUUGCUUUUUCGAUACUACAACUUGUUGUAUUAUUUGGAACGCCGUUUUUUCCCGCCUGACCGCAACCUGGGCGUCUACUUUGAGUGGUAUGAUUCGUUAACAGGUGUUCCCUCGUGCCAGCGAACCAUAUCCUUCGAGAAGGCGUGCAUUUUAUUCAACCUUGGCGCCAUAUACACACAGAUCGGUGCUAGACACGAUCGAAGUACGGAACGGGGCUUGGACUCCGCUGUCGACAGCUUCUUGCGUGCAGCGGGCAUAUUUCGACAUAUCUACGAUACGUUCACAAACGCCCCAUCAAUGGAUCUAAAACCCCACGUACUAGAUGUUUUGGUAUCUCUAAUGCUAUCCCAGGCCCGAGAGUGUCUAUUUGAAAAGCUAAAGCUACAGACUGAGUCGUCGGGACUGACCGUCUCCAGUCAUGCAAAUGACAGCGGUGCGCCCCAAUCCAAUGAAUUGCUUCAGCUUUUCCGUGAUUUGGCCGGUGAAGCUGCACAGCUCUCGCUCGAGUACAAUGAGAUGCACAAGAACAUCCAAGUGAAUGACACGCAUACCUACCUGCCAGAAUGCUGGGCUGGGCUGGUACCGCUUAAGGCGGAGCUUUACAGAGCGAUGGCCCACCAUUACGAGGCUCUCAGCAUUGAUGUGAAGGUGGCUACCAAAAAAGGUUCGGUCCCGGUCGCAUCUUCAAAGGAUUCGUUCGUUGGAAACCCCCGAGAGGCAUUGCGUGUCACGCAAAGCAGCGCUGAGUCCGAGGAGGAGAGUGCCAGUCUCAUUUCGAUCAAGCACACGCACUUAAGAGAAGCUCUGGCUAGUUACGAAGAGGUUCAGCGUCUGCAGCGCAUGUGCCGCUUUCUGAAGAAUAAAAAAUCACUCUCGCAAGUCAUUAAGGAAGCAAAUUAUCGAGCCCUGGAGCAGUAUGAAAACUUCAGAACUCAAGCGUCGGCCAAUAAGGUUGACGACAGCUACGACCUUGUGGAGCGCGUUGUGGAGGCCUCGUCGAAGUUUACAUUGACCUUGACGGGACCCGAUUUCACGUCGUACAAAGUGGAAGAUCCUUUUAAACGCCUUGGACCGCUUGCGAUAUUCUCUGCACGGCGUCACUGGACUGCGCCACGCUGUGUUCGUCUACAAAAAGGAUCCCCGAUACAUCAUGCCAUCCACCAUUGUGACACAGUCACGACUCCUGCUCAUGACACGGAUCGUUGCCAAUAUAAAGAAGAGAUGGAAAACUUUGGAUUUCAUGUGCGCGGCGAUGCGCCGGUCAUUAUAGCUCACGUCGAGAUCAAUUCGCUGGCUGAUCUGGGCGGCAUAAAGGAGGGAGAUUUCAUUGUCGAAAUCGAAGGCAUGGAUGUCAAGUGGUUUUCGCAUCAACAGGUUGUGCAUCUAAUACAAUCAUGUGGUUCCGUCCUCGAACUGAAAGUCAUAACUCCAAUGGAUCGCAAUUAUUUGAAGCCCUUGUCGUCAAAGGGUUCUAUAUCAACGCUGUCAGCGGCUAGCUCAUCGGGUUUUUCAUCGGGCUCAUCUAGUCCCACAAACACCACUGCACAGCACGAGCCUAUCAUGAAGACAUCGACCAAGGCACGUUUCGUGGGCAGCGUAUCGUCCAGCUUAUGGAAUCCUUUCAGACGGACGCCGAGCAUAGCCAAAAUCUUUUGAGGUUAACAAGGGAUUCAUUUAUUUCAUUAAUUACUUUAAUUAGGUUUAUACUCACUUCCGAAGCAGCUGCCAUUAUAAAAUAGAACGAGCGAUGACAUAUAAUUUAGCUAAAGAUUUUAAGACUUAGCUCUGAUAAAUCGGUUCACAUCUGUA